AAUCAGUGUUGGGGGCGAGUUCUUGGGAACUGCCAAUCAGGCGCGCUGCCGGGAGGAGGGUGGAGCUUUCUACACCCUUCUGAGCUCCCGCUCCUGGCUCUGUAGCUGAGAGAAGCCCUGGCAGGUCAGUGGCAGGCACUGUCACGCUGAGUCCUAUUCUGGCAGCGGGGAGCCUUGGGGAGAACACGGGACACCGCGGAAGCCGGGAAAUGGAUUCAGUAGCCUUUGAGGAUGUGGCCGUGAACUUCACCCAGGAAGAGUGGGCUUUGCUGGGUCCAUCACAGAAGAGUCUGUACAGAGAUGUGAUGUGGGAAACCAUUAGGAACCUGGACUGUAUAGGAAUGAAAUGGGAAGACACAAACAUUGAAGAUCAGCACAAAAAUCCCAGGAGGAGCCUAAGAUGUCAUAUCGUAGAGAGGUUUAGUGAAAGUCGCCAGCCAGAUAGUACUGUGAAUGAAAAAACUCCUGGAGAAGAUCCAUGUAAAAGCAGUGUGUGUGGAGAAAUCAUGGGUUGUUCAUUCCUUAAUUGCUAUAUCACAUUUGAUGCUGGACACAAACCAGAUGAGUGUCAGGAAUAUGGAGAGAAGCCACAUACACAUAAACAUUGUGGGACAGCCUUCAAUUAUCACCACUCCUUUCAAACACAGGAAAGACCUCACACUGGAAAGAAACGCUAUGAUUGUAAGGAAUGUGGGAAAACCUUCAGUUCUUCGGGAAACCUUCGAAGACACAUAAUAGUACAACGUGGAGGUGGACCUUAUAUAUGUAAGUUGUGUGGGAAAGCCUUUUUUUGGCCUAGUUUAUUUCAUAUGCAUGAAAGAACUCACACUGGAGAGAAACUGUAUGAAUGUAAGCAGUGUUGUAAAGCCUUCCCUAUUUACAGUUCCUAUCUAAGACAUGAAAGAACACACACUGGGGAGAAACCAUAUGAAUGCAAGCACUGUUCCAAAGCCUUCCCUGAUUACAGUUCCUAUGUAAGACAUGAAAGAACUCACACUGGAGAAAAACCCUAUAAAUGUAAACGAUGUGGAAGAGCCUUCAGUGUUUCCAGUUCCCUUCGAAUACAUGAAAGAACUCACACUGGAGAGAAACCCCAUGAAUGUAAGCAAUGCGGGAAAGCAUUUCAUCAUCUGGGAAGCUUUCAAAGACACAUGAUAAGGCACACUGGAGAUGGACCUCAUAAAUGUAAGAUAUGUGGGAAAGGCUUUGAUUGUCCUAGUUCACUGCAAAGUCAUGAAAGAACUCACACUGGAGAGAAACCCUAUGAAUGCAAGCAGUGUGGGAAAGCGUUAUCUCAUCGCUCAAGCUUUCGAAGUCAUAUGAUAAUGCACACUGGAGAUGGACCUCACAAAUGCAAGGUAUGUGGGAAAGCCUUCAUUUAUCCCAGUGUAUUUCAAAGACAUGAAAGGACUCAUACUGGUGAGAAACCCUAUGAAUGUAAAGAAUGUGGUAAAGCCUUCCGUAUUUCUAGUUCCCUUCGAAGACAUGAAACAACUCACACUGGAGAGAAACCCUAUAAAUGUAAAUGUGGGAAAGCCUUUAUUGAUUUCUAUUCCUUUCAAAAUCAUGAAACAACUCACACUGGAGAGAAGCCAUAUGAGUGUAAGGAAUGUGGGAAAGCAUUCAGUUGUUUCACGUACCUUUCUCAACAUAGAAGGACUCACACGGCUGAAAAACCUUAUGAGUGUAAAACAUGUAGGAAAGCCUUCAGUCAUUUUGGUAACUUAAAAGUCCAUGAAAGGAUUCACACUGGAGAGAAGCCAUAUGAAUGUAAGGAAUGCAGGAAAGCAUUCUCUUGGCUCACUUGCCUUCUACGACAUGAAAGAAUUCACACUGGAAAGAAAUCUUAUGAAUGUCAACAAUGUGGUAAAGCCUUCACUCGCUCUCGUUUCCUUCGAGGACAUGAAAAAACUCACACUGGAGAGAAGAUGCAUGAAUGUAAGGAAUGUGGGAAGGCACUGAGUUCUCUCAGUUCCUUGCAUAGACAUAAAAGGACUCACUGGAGAGAUACUCUAUAAAUGUGGGAAAGCAUUCAUUAAUUUUAUUUCAUUUCAGAAACGUGAAAGAAAUCACAUAGGAGAUAAGCCUCAUGAAUGCAAACACAUGGUAAAGCCUUAAGAUGUUUCUUUUGAAUAUGGUUAUCCCCUAACCAUAUGCAGGGGAUUGGUUCCAGACCCCCUAAGCAUACCUAAAUCCACAGAUGCUGUGUUCCUUUUAUAAAAUGACAUUUGCAUGUAACCUAUCCACAUCCUCCUGCAUCCCAUAAAUCAUGCCUAGAUUACUUAAUUUUUCACCAACCCAAAGCUUUUGUAAAAGUAAAAAUAAAAAGUAGGUUACUAAAAUACCUCAUGUGUUGUAAAAGCUAUGUAAAUAGUCAUUUUAUUGUAUUUUUUUUAGAGAAUCAUGAAUGAAAAUAAUCCUAUGCUGUUGAGAACAGACCCAACCAUCACAGGCCUGCCUACAUAGUACAUGUCACCUAGAAUGUUACAGUUUCUUUUUUUCUUUUUUUUCUUUUAAGACAGAGUUUCACUCUUAUUGCCCAGGCUGGAGGGCAAUGGCACAAUCUCAGCUCACUGCAUCCUCUGCCUCCCGGGUUCAAGCAAUUCUCCUGUCUUAGCCUCCCGAGUAGCUGGGAUUACAGGUGCAUGCCACCACGCCCAGCUAAUUUUUUUUUUUUUUUGUAUUUUUAGUAGAGACGGGGUUUCAUCAUAUUGGUCAGGCUGGUCUCGAACUCCUGACCUCAGAUGAUCUGCCUGCCUUGGUCUCCCAAAGUGCUCAUGCCUGUAAUCCCAGGCAUGGAAAGGAGAGAUGAGAAGGUGGCUCAACAGUUGAGACAGGUUUAUUGAGAGUAAACCUGAAAAGGGCUUCCAGCGGCAGGGUCAGGGGCAAACUUCUCUUACAGCCUGAGGCUUUUUUAAAGGGCCCAGUGGAGAAGUGUGCUUUGAAACAAAAUUCUGUUAGGGAGGGGUUGGGGAAGUCCUGGCUGUUCUGUUACAGUUAGGGCCGUUAUUCUCUGUUGAAGUUAUGGGCGGGGCUGACAUUUUCAGUUUUGGCCAGGUGGCCAAAUAGAAACUUAAAGCUUAGGAUUGUGGGGUGUUAUAAAGAUGGCGGCGCUCUUGUCCUGUCAAUGUGUUCCUCAAUAAAGUCUUCAAGCAUGUCACAGAUUGUUUUCCCCACCAACCUCCCUUGCAGCAUUUGAGAUAUUCCUGAUACUUCAUCAAUAGUGGAGAAGCUCCUGAAAUCAUUGACUUCCUCACUCCAUAAUGGUUUCCAACACCCAAUGAAGUAGUAGGAGGAAAACAUGGGUUUCUUCUCCUGGAAGCCUCCAGAAGAAGGUAUUUCAAUAUGGGGAGAGUGGUCAGCUGUGUCACAGGUCACUGAGAAUUUGAAUAAGACAAGGAAAAAGGGUUGACUGUAGAUUUUGGUAAGUAUUUGGUCACUGGGGGCCUUGAUAAGAGCUGUUUCAUUGAAGUAUUCAUGAGAAUAGCUUGUAGUGAAAUAUAUCUCAAAUAGACCUCCACGAUGUUGCCUAGAGGGCAGUGUUACCCUUUGAACUACCAACAUUAACCACUGGAACUGCUCAUCUGGAAGUCUCUUACAGUGCUGGUACAAACUGGAAUACACACAGGAAGGGAUCAUUUUAUACGUGUUACUGUGCUACUUGCUCUAUCUACUUAGUGUUCCAUACAUGUAAUUACCUAUUCCAUCCUAUCCCAAAGUACUGAUAAUCUCCAUUCUACUUUCUCUGUCUGUGAAUUUGACUAUUCAUAGAGAGAGAUAUGUGGAAGUAUGCAUGUGUCCUUCCAUGUCUGGCUUAUUUCACUUAGAACGUUUUCAAGGUUUAUCCAUGUGGUAGCACGUAUCAGGAACUCAUUGUUUUUGUGUCUGAAUAAAUUUCCACUGUAUGGUUAAAGCAUA